AUGGCGUUUGGAAAACCACCUCGUGGUAACAAGAAAUCGUCCACGGUGAAAACGGUCGUGCUUGUGACCGUAUGUGUUUUAGGCGUCUUGAUACUAACCUCCAACUCCACUUCUUCCAUGUUCAAAGCCACCAGUAGGAUCAUUACAGCCGAAGAUGAUUCGUUAAAUAUAAAGUUGAAUCGUAAAAUUCCUAUUGAUGCUUCUCUAGAUAAAUUUGAUGAUCUCUCGACUAAUAUUAGUGUUUCUGAAGACAUCCUUGGGGAUUUUCCUAUGGAUAUUAUACAACAUGAUGAUGAACUUGAACCCCCAAAAGAGAUGGAUAUGAUUCAAGACACGGGCCAGAAUGAGAAGCUUGAUGCGGGUGGUGAUGAUUUAACUGAAACUCAACGAGAAAGCACAAGUGAUGUUGAUGAUGAUGCCGAGAGUUUGAAUGAUAGUGAUGUAGGAAAACAAGAGGCUGAGGAACUUCAAGAGGAGGUGAAAGAAGAACAAGAAAUCGAAAUGUCAACUUCUGCGGUUGAAGAUGAGACAAAUGGAUCAGAAGAGAAAGCGUCGAUAAAAGAGGAACGUAAAGUAAACUCGCAAGAGAGUGAAGUGUUUGAAGAAACCGAGACAAAAGCCCAACUCGAAUUUCAAGAAGCAAGAGAUGUUAGAGAGAAAAUGGAACAAGCUAAGAUCGAAUCCACCAAAGUCAACUCCAAAAUUCCUAUCAAAGCUUCCAUAGGGAACUCAACUUUCGCGGAAGGCAAUAUCAUUGGCAAUAGUGACUGGGAGUUAUGCAACGUGACGGCUGGAACAAACUAUAUACCUUGUUUUGAUAAUGAGCACCAAGAGAGACAUUGCCCCAAGGACCCUGCAAUGUGUCUCGUUUCUCUUCCGGAGCAUUAUAAGACACCUAUUCUAUGGCCUCAAAGUAGAGACAAAAUAUGGUUCCAUAAUGUGCCAAACAAGGUCUUAUCGGACAUAAAUCGACACCAACAUUUGGUAAAGGUGACUGGGGAAUUCAUCACUUUCCCCAAAGGUGCUCUUCAUUAUAUUAACUUUCUACAAGAGGAAGUCCCUGAUAUAGCAUGGGGAACGCACACCAGAGUAGUUCUUGAUGUAGAUUGUGGUGUAGCAAGUUUUGGAGGGUACCUUUUCGAUAAAGACGUUUUAACAAUGUCUUUUGCAUCCAGAAAUGAACAACAAGCUGAAGUCCAACUUGCUUUAGAAAGAGGGAUACCAGCAAUUUCUGCGGUGAUGGGCACUCAACGCCUUCCAUUUCCAAGUAGAGUUUUUGAUCUUGUAAAUUGUGUUCAUUGUAAAGUACCUUGGCAUAAGGAUGGUGGCAUCCUACUUUUGGAGGUUAACCGUUUGCUUCGCCCAGGAGGGUACUUUGUUUGGUCAGCAACACCUGUUUAUCGAACACUUGAAGAAGAUAUCCAAAUAUGGACAGAGAUGUCUGCUCUAACGGUUGCAAUGUGUUGGGAGCUUGUGACCAUCAAGAAGGACAUAAUGGAUGGGAUUGGUGUUGCGAUUUACCACAAGCCGGACUUGAAUGAAUGCUACAACAUUAGAAAGAAGCAACUUCCUCCCAUGUGUAUACUCGAUGACGACCCUAAUGCUGCUUGGUACGUUCCUCUACAAACAUGUAUACACACGCUGCCAACAGAGGACACAGAAAGAGGUUCACAUUGGCCCGCAGAAUGGCCAGACCGAGCUCAAAACCUUCCAUACUGGUUAAACAAGUCCAAGAUAGGAACUUACGGAAAACCAGCUCCAGACGACUUUAAAACAGAUUAUGAACAUUGGAAACGGGUGAUUAACGAAACAUACAUGUAUAACCUAGGGAUCAACUGGUCGAAUAUACGAAAUGUUAUGGACAUGAGAGCUAUUUAUGGUGGGUUUGCUGCUGCAUUAAAAGACUUGAAACUAUGGGUACUGAACGUUGUGAACAUAAAUUCGCCUGAUACACUCCCUAUAAUAUUUGAAAGGGGUCUCUUUGGGAUCUACCACGACUGGUGCGAGUCUUUUAGCACAUAUCCUCGAACCUAUGACCUUCUCCAUUCAGACUACUUGUUCUCAAAGCUGAAGACCAGGUGCAACAUUAGAGCCGUGAUGGCUGAGAUUGAUAGGAUCCUGAGACCAGGAGGGAACUUGAUCGCACGAGAUGAAACAAACAUGAUAAGAGAAAUAGAGAACCAUUUGAAGUCAUUGCAUUGGGAGGUCAAUUCGACAUUUACAACUAAGCAAGAAGGAAUAAUCAGUGGCCGGAAGACCCUGUGGCGGCCUAGCUCAUACGUUACACCUAUUUGA